AGUUUAGAGUUGUAUUUGCUGUGUUGUUCCAGUUCCUCCGAGUUCUUUUACAGAUCCCAGCCAGUGUCUUCGCUCCUUGGUCACUACUCUGUGUGCCCUUUCUGACCUCACAAUCCUUCAGCUGCAGCCUCGGAUCACACCCCUCCCUCCAGGUGCUGACCAUCCCUAGCUGCCAAAAGCACUCUCUUGUCUGCCCGGUCUGGGCCUUCUUCACCUUAUGAGAAACACCUGCCCCUUUGGUCAUCCAACCCUAUGGGCACUCUCAGGUGCCCGGGGCCACUAGAACACCUGCCCUCUGCAUGAUUCACCAGUGGAUCUUUGAAGAGUGAGAUGAUCUUGAUAGCAUGUUUAUCUUCAUCAAACAUGGAGAUAACCAGGAGUUUCUGGUCAACACCAAUUGCUCUGUUCUCCUGUUGCUACAUUACACUAGAAAGAAACUGGGGUUGCGUAAAACAGACACCAUCGAUUUGUGUGAUGAAACUGGGACCAUGAAGUUACUUUUCUUAACAAAGACACCCGGGGACUACGCCAGCAAAUUCCUUACAGCACGAAAUACCUACUACGUUUGUAAAGUAGAGCGUGGAGCACCAGGCACCAGGAUCGAGAAUUCCUACAAAGCUGUUGUGCCCCUCUUGAAGAAUCCAGAACCCGAACUAGUUGAGUCCCUGCGCACACAAUGUGACUUCCUGGAGAGGAGCCGAAUAAAGAUGCUUAGAACUCUAGAGGCUAAGAGAUUGGCAGCCAUGGAAUCCUCUCUAAAUCUUUCAACAAGAUCCCCCAAGGGUGGAACCCAGCAGGGCUCCAGUCAAAGCAGUCAACAGAAGUCUAAAUCUGGACGAUCAGAUGAAGAUGGGCCGUCUUCCACCCGCAGACCAUUCUCUAAGACUAGAGCAGACUUUCUCAAGAGACAUCGUUAACUCAAUAAAUGACCAACUGAGAGCAGCAACUACCAGGG